CUGUAAUAACGUUCAUAUCGACUGCACUGCAACACCGCUGAAAAUGGUAGCGGAAGUCAGUAUGCGGCACUUUCCUGAUAUCUCAGACACUUCGCUCGACCAAGACUUCUCCGAAUCCUCCUUCCAAAUCCCAAUCGUUGGGGGCUCAAAUGAUCUCCUCAUGGACGAGGACAGCAUGGACUUCCUGCAUAACGCAAACGAGACUCUCAGCACGCCGUUGGCCCCUCGCCAUACUCAAUCACGCACACGCGCGCCCUUGACUCUGCAAGACCUAACACCAAGAUCGACCCGUACGCGGCCAACGCCAGUACGGUCGUCGCUCCGCCCUCGCCCUCGCCCAGCUAUUGCGACACCUUUCCGAGCCGCCCUGGCGAAGAAUAUCUCCGACGCCCUUUGCGAGGAUAUAUCCUCCGCCCCGAGGCAGGAUCUAUCCUUCCAGAUACCUACAGCCGCCGCCCAGGGAACGAUUCCCUCCUGGACACACACAAUAACUUCAGCCUUUCUGAUUGCGCCGACAUUACGCUCAGCACCGACCAACAACAACUCCACGCCAGAACACGCUGCAGCCGAGCUGCCCCAGACUCGUGCUGGGAGCGUAUCCACAUCCACGGAUGAGGUUCAAGGGGCAGAAGCACUUACCAUGCAAGGUGCGUGCAGGGUUUAUUUCGCGCUAGAAGCCCAUUGAGUGCCAAUGAAUGGAUCGCUCAAUACUUGGUCUGUUCAUCAGCGAU